AAAUCCUCGCCACCUGAAACUAUCCCGGAAGUGAAGCGGAAGUCAUUAACGGCUCAGAGUUCGGUUGUAGUUUGAAAAGAACCGUGUCUUAUUUCACGACCUGAAGUAACGGGACGGGUGAAAGGUGAAGAUGCGGCGGUCGAAGCGGAUGCGCUCGCCUGAUGGCUGGAUCGCGGAGUACAGCUGGGAGGAGAGAGUGGAGGUACAUAAGAGACAACGGCGCGGCUCACAGAGCGGAGAGAGAGAGAAGCAGCCUGGACGAUAUCAUCACUAUAAAACAUAUGAGAGGUGUCACAUUAGUGCAAAGAGGCUGGAGUGCCGAGAGCGCAGGGCCCAAGAGGCCAGUCCGGGGCGCGAUGACUACAGUGGUCGGGUGGACCCAGUCAGAGAGACGGAGAGAGACAAGGACUGGCACCACUACAGCAAGUCAUCCGCACGCAGCGGCCGGAGUCGACGUAGCAGCAGAGAGCGUCAACGAUCGCGUCAACGAUCACGCCACCACAGUCCCUCAAAUUCGAGAAGUCAUCGCAGGAAAAGAACCAAGAGUAUUGAGGAUGAUGAGGAGGGUCACCUGGUCUAUCACAAUGGAGACAUGCUAAAAGCAAGAUAUGAGAUUGUAGGUACUCUUGGUGAAGGGGCCUUUGGAAAAGUGGUUGAGUGCCUCGACCACUCAAAAGGUAACACGAGAGUGGCACUGAAGAUCAUUAAAAAUAUUGAGCGCUAUCGUGAUGCAGCCAUGUCAGAAGUCGAAGUGCUUGAGCAGAUAAACACGCUUGACUGUGACAAGAAAUUUGGCUUUGUUCGGAUGCUAAACUGGUUUGAUCACCACGGCCACAUCUGCAUAGUAUUUGAGCUGCUCGGACUAAGCACAUAUGACUUCCUUAAGGAGAAUGGAUUUUUGCCCUUCUCAGUGGAACAGAUCAGACCCAUGGCAUAUCAGAUCUUUAAAGCGGUCCACUUUCUGCAUCAAAACAAGCUGACACACACCGACCUCAAGCCUGAAAACAUUCUUUUUGUGGACUCCACCUGCAACAUUGAAUAUAACUUCAAGAUGAAGCGAGAUGAGAGGACCUUAAAGAAGUUGGAUGUAAAAGUGGUGGACUUUGGCAAUGCUACAUAUGAUCAUGAGCAUCACACAUCUGUGGUGUCAACUCGUCAUUACAGAUCUCCAGAGGUUAUAUUAGAACUUGGUUGGAACCAGGCAUGUGACGUGUGGAGUUUGGGCUGUAUCCUGAUUGAGUUUUAUCUGGGAUUAACGUUGUUUCAGACUCAUGACAGUAAGGAGCAUCUGGCCAUGAUGGAGAGGGUUCUAGGCCCCAUUCCUACACAACUUCUCCAGAAAACUAGAAGGCGGCGUUAUGUGCAUCAUGAUAAACUGGACUGGGAUGAACAUAGCUCAGCUGGGAGAUAUGUGAGGAAACACUGUAAACCUCUUAGGCAAUACAUGUCUAGUAAAACCCCGGAGCAUGAGCUGCUGUUUGACCUGCUUCAGAAGAUGAUGGAGUAUGAUGCAUCCAAACGUAUUACACUGGAUCAGGCCAUUGCACAUCCAUUCUUCAAUCCUUUAAGAAAGGAGAGGAGAAAGUGACUUGAAGAUGACAUCACCUGAACUUUACAGCUCCCAGGGAGACUGCCGCUGACUGUAUCAGUCUGCUUUAAGACUGCCUGCUUCGUUACAUCUAUCCAUAUUUAUUAUAUUUGAAUAUACUGGCCGAAUUCCUCUGUACUUUUGGUAAAAUAAACUUUAAUGAAUUGAAAUAAA